AUGGUCCAGGCGAAGUGGUCAGUGACGUGGCGGGAAGCGAAUGCGAAGCUGGCGAUGCAGGGCGUGGUGGUGAAGGGAGAGGCGAUGUGGGGGAAAGCGCUGCUAUGGGUGGGUGCGAGCAAGAGCAGGGGGGCAGUGAGGACAGUGGAAGCCAAGGCUCUGCUGCAGUCCCUUGUUCGAGCAGCUCCUGACUUGAGCAGCUGUCGCGCGCUCUCCCCCUGUGCGUGCAGGUUCAUUGUGAUGCAGCAGCAGCAGGCCGUCAGAGUCCAGGCGCCCACUCAACUCGUGAAGUAUGUGGAGCGGCUGGUGGGCACGGCGCACUUGGAGGAGGCGAUAGAGGCGGUGGGCGUGGAGCUGCAGCGAGUGGAGGCGGCACGCGAGGCCGUUCCAGUGCGACUGGCAAGAAUUCCAGAAGCGCAAGCACCCUCCCUCCGCCCCAACCGUCUCCUCUCCUCGUGGCCACGGCAGGAGGUAGAGGAUGCAAUGGCAGCAGCGCGGCAGCGGCACCUGGCAGCAGCAGCGCGCACCACUCACGCGUCCCACCUGCUGGCAGUAGCGCAGGCGAGCUGGCAGCAGCAGCAGCUGGCGCUGGUGAAGGCCCAGGUGCGGGUGAAGGAGGCGAGGCGACAGCGCUCACAGGCAGAGGCAGCACGGAAGCGCGCAGCUAAAGCUGCUGCUGGUCGCAGGGCGAAGCUGGAGGGGGAGAGGGCGCGGCUGGAAAAGAGCUUGGCGCGCAGUGAGGAGAUGCUGGUGCUGCUGCAGCGGCAGGCGCAGGAGGAGGAGAGGCACCUGAGGGCGAAGCUCGAGGAGUGUGGGCUUGGUGAUGGGGACGGGGAUGGGGAUGGGGGAAGUUUGGCGGGUGCAGUGGCAGCAGUGGUGCAGUGGCAAAAGGAUGUGGUAGCACUGAGAGAAGAGGAGCAGCACAUGCAGGCAAGGAUCAAGGCUCUGGAGGAGCAAGGGGCAGAAGCAACCAAGGGCAUACAGGAGAGCGAGGAGAAGCUGCUCGGCUUGCAACAGCGUGUAGAGCAGGCGGAGAGCAGGAGAAGGGAGCGGCAGCAGGUGGUGCGGGCAGCGCAGGAGCGACUGAGGGGGCUGCUGGAGCAGGCAGAGCGGGUGGGGGAGCGCGAGCUGCCAGCCCUGCACGGCACCCUCGCUGCGCUCCAGGCAAGGAUGCAACGACUGCAGGAGCAGCAGCAGGAGGAGGCAGGGGGAGGGAGUGGUGGGAGGGGGGGCAGAGGCGUCGGUGAGGAGAGGGCGAAGGGGGGCCGGUACGAGGCGUAUGACAGGGCAGCGGUGGAGCUCAUGAGGACACUGCCCGAGGGCAGGCUGAGGGGGCGGCUGUGUGAGCUGGCUCGAGUGGAGGGGCACGCUGCCGCUGCUGUGAACAGCGUGCUCUCUCUCUCCUGCAACCUCGCUGCCACGUUUGUGACGGAGGAUCGGAGGACAGCAGCAGCAGUGGUGGGGUACUUUGAGCAGCAUCGCAUAGGCCUCGUGUCCUGUGAGAUCCUUGACGAGCAGUCAGGCCAACCACCCCCCACUCCACAGAACCAGCAGCAGCAGCAGCAGCGGCGGCCAGUGGGAGACCUCGCCCCGCCACACCCUGCAUCACUCCUACCCUGCGUCCCCCCUCCCCACCUCGCCGCCCCCUUGCCUUGUGGGGCGCAGCCACUGCUGUGCGCGGUGCGCUGUGCGCCGGGGUGCCAUGCAGUGCUGGCACGCCUGUGUGCGUCGUGGCUGCUGGUGGCGGGGCGAGAUGAUGCUGUCAGGUUGCUGCCGCUGCUCCGGCGGAACCCCGCUUGGAGGCGCUGCAGCGUUGUCACUGCUGGGGGGGACGUGUUCCGACAGGAUGGCGAGGUGAUCCGGGCAUGCCUCUCCCCUGCAAUGGCCCGCUACCACUUGGCGCCACUGGACGGCGCUGCUGCUGCUGCAACAGGGGGGGGUGCGGGGGAAGAGUCAGGCGAGCAGGCGGAGAGGAAGAAGAAGCGCGAGGAGGCCUUGCAGCGAGCAGUGAGGGCGGUUGAGGAGGAGAUGGGACGCGUGCAGUGUGCCAUAGCAGAGAAGGAGGCGAGGGGGAAGCAGCUGUGGGUGGAACGGGAGGAGUGUGAGAGAGAGGUGGAACGGUUGGUGGCUGAGGGGAGGCGAGAGGAGGCCGGGGAGGAUGAGGGAGGGGAGGUACAGACGAAAGGUGGGAGGGGCAGAGGCAAGAGGAAGGAGGAGAAGGAGAAGUUGACGGGGAGGAGAAGCGAGGAGGGGUGUGGUCUGAAGACGUUGCGUGGUUUGCAGAGGGAGGUGGAGAGGUGUGAGGCGGAGAGGGAGGCGAUGAGGCGGCAGGUGAAGUCAGUGGCGGGGCAGGUGCAGGUGCAGAGAGGCAGGCUGCUGGACGUGCAGACGAGGCUGCAGGCUGUUGUGGCGGAGGUGGAGGGGGGCCAAGGGAAGUCGCACGUUGGGAGGUGUGGCAUGGGAGUGGCGGAGUGGAUGGGCGAUGAUGAGAUAUCCGGGCAUGCAGAGAGAGUGGUGCGGGCCAGGCGGGCAGUGAAGGACGUGGAGGAGAAGGCACGGGAGGAGAGGGUGGAGCUGGCCUGUGUGCAGCAGUCGCUGUGUGCCGUGCAGGGCGCUGGGGCUGAGGCCCGUGCGGAGGCCAGUGAGGGCGCUGGUGGGCGCAAGGGGGCGGCGAGGCAGGGUGGGAGGCAUGGGAAGGGCAAGGGGGGAAAGGGAGGAGGAGGGAAGGGGGAUGUGGCAAUGGAAGGAGGCGAGGAAGGGGAAGAGGAGGACGAGAUGCGAGAGAUGGAGGCACAAGUGAAGAGGCUGGAGGAGGCGAGGGAUGGCAGGCAGGUGGAGGUGCAGAGUGCGAGGAGGGAGAGCGAGGAGGCAGCUGACGAGGAGAAGGCGCUCAAGGCCAAGCGUGGCAAGCUCAUGGCCUCGCUGGUGAAGCUGCAAGGAAGUGCAGUGGAGGCGAGGCAGCAGCUGGCGGACCUGGAGGCAAGGCUGCAGCGAGCAGCAGCGCUGCUCAAAGAGUGUGGGGGGAUCGAGGGGUGGGGCACGGGUGCUGGUGGCAAGGGAGAGAAGCAAGGGAACCGAGGAUUGCUGCGAAGGUCAAGUAGGCUUCAGGCGGCUGGAGACGGGGCGAGCAGCACGGGCCGAGGGCGCUUGGAAAAACGGGAGGAGGGUUCAGCGAAUCGCAAGGGCAAAGGAGAGGUGAAACGCAGAAAGAGUGGUGCGAGCAAGGGAGGAGGUGAGGAGGAUGAGAAGCAACAGGAGGUGGCAGGGAAAGCGUAUAGAAGACGUAGGGGUGCAAUGAAGGGUGAGGGUGAACGGAUGGGGGAUGCGGAGGCAGUGAGUGGUGGUGAAGAACGAGAGGGCGGGAAGAGUCCUGCAGCAAUGGACGCUGAUGCGAGUGCUGCGAAAGGUGAGGGGAAGGGUGCGAAGCGAGAGAGCAGAAGGACAAGGGUAGUUCAAAGAGUGAACAUCAAAGAAGGGCGCAAAGUAGAGACGGGUGCAGUGGGCGAAGGAGAAAGUACGGAAGAGGAAGAGGUGGAGGAGGAUGAGGAGGAGGAGGAGGAGCAGAUGGAGGAGGAGGAGGAGGAGGAGGAGGAGGAGGAGGAGGAGGAGGAGGAGGAGGAGGAGGAGGAGGAGGAGGAGGAGGAGGAGGAGGAGGAGGAGGAGGAGGAGGAGGAGGAGGAAGAGGAAGAUGAGGAGGAGGAAGAGGAGGAGGAAGAGGAGGAGGAAGAGGAGGAUGAGGUUGAGGAGGAGGAGGAAUAUGGUGGUAUGGAGGGCGAGGAGGGCGAGGAGGAGUGUGGAGGUGUUUCCCUGGAGGAAGUGGUGGAGGAGGAGAAGGAGCUCAUGAAGAGAAGAAGUGCCAUAGACGCGGCAGCACUGCAGGAGGACGUGGGGUGCCAGAGGCGGCUGGUGGCGGUGGGGGAGGAGGUGCAGCGGGUGGAGGAGCAGGCGCGCAUGCAUGCAGUGCGGCGCGAGGAGCUGGAGAUGCAGCGCUUCACUCAGCUCAGAGGGGCGCUGCUCAAGGUGAAUGAGAACCUAUCGGCCAUCUACUGUCAGCUGACACGCCAUGGAGAUGCAUACCUGUCGUUCGUGGAUGAGAAGAGCCUGCUCUUCUCCGAUGGCGUGCACUUUCACGUUCGGCCUGACCGCCAGUGCUGGCGGCCGUUUGCGUCUCUGUCAGGCGGGCAGCAGGCGCUGGCAUGCCUGGCGCUGUCGUUCAGCCUGCAGGCGUCCUUCCCCUCGCCCGUCUACUUCUUUGAUGAGAUCGAUGCAUCGCUGGACACCAAGCAUGCCCUGCAAGUGGCGCGCUUCAUUCAGGCGCAGCGGUCAGCACAGUACAUUGUGGUGUCUCACCGCCCACAAGUGUAUGAGCAAGCGAGUACACUGGUGGGGGUGUACAACUUCAAAGGAAGCUCCACCUGCCUCACUGUACAUGCUGACAGCCCCGUGCCGCCCAUGGCUGCUGCAGAAGAGAGGAACGGAUUUACUUCUUAG